CGAAAACAUGCCACAGCACAAUCUCGCUCAACAAAUUGCCAGCUGCAUGUAGUGUAGUCCGUGUCUCACAACUAGAGCGAUAAGUUACCGUAGACAAUAAUUGCUUUGUGACACACACAAUCUCACUACAUCGUCGUAAGCUCCAUUUCUACGAGUCAUCCAGCUCACACACCGCCCCCCCCCCCCCCCCCCCCCCCGCGUCGAUUGAUCGUCCGCAACUUCAGCAUGGCCAACCUCUUGGAUGUUAAGGGGCUGGACCCCAAACUCACGGAAAAGGCGCCGCGACCAAGCAACAUGAAGAUCAUCCCCGCCGACGACGACGGGCCGGGGUUCGCUACCGCGGUCCCGAUGUGCCCCAUCACCUAUCGGCGGCAGCCAGCAUCGAAAGCUGGCAAGGUGAUCGAUUCGCCGGGCGUGCCUCAUGCGAAUUGUGCUCCCUCCAUGGACAAGCCUAAAGGCAGUGUUGAAUACACGGAGAAGUACAAGAACUAUACGGUAUUGCAGCAGCAUGUGCUGUUCUGGGACCGCAACAACGACGGCUUCAUCACUCCCGUCGAUGUUUGGGUCGGCUUCCGCGAUCUGGGCUUCAACCCCGCCGCAUGCCUGAUGGCUGCGACCGUCAUUCCGUUUGUAUUUUCCUACGGGACCAUCUUGCAGUACUCGUUUAUCCCGGAUCCGCUUUUCAGGCUCUACAUCGGGGGCUUGCACAAUGCCAAGCACGGAUCUGACUCCGGAAUCUACGAUGGCGAGGGAAGGUUCAUCCCUCAACGGUUUGAGGACAUUUUCGCAAACCACAGCGCUCGGAAAGAUGAUACCCUAACGCUGGGUGAGGUGAUUGAGUUGAUGAGAAAGAGCCGAUGCGCAUUCGAUCCGUUUGGUUGGACAGUGUCGUUUUUCGAAUGGGCCACCACCUGGGUGCUCUUAGCCAAGGACGGUAGAGUUCACAAAGAGGAUCUGAGAAGGGUCUACGAUGGCUCGCUCUUUUGGGAAGUCCGGGACAAGAGGCAUUCGGGUGAAGGAUGGAACCAAGGCUGGGGAAUUGGAGGGGAUGGGUUUUUCGGAUACCGACGUAGGUUCAAGCUAUGAUAUCACGGCCAAGUCGAUGACCUCACUUAUCUC